AUGCCGAGAGUUGGGUCUCACGUCACAAAUUUCUCGAGCAAGAUUCUUGAAUUGACGAGAGCGAGCAUUAACAAAGGCAAAGAAGAAGGGGAUCAUUUGGUGGAGCAUUUCAGAAGAGGAGGUGUUAAAUUAUUCUUCCCUAAGGCAAGAGUGAUAUUACUACGACCCAAUGCCAAGCAUUCACCCUAUCAAGCAAAGUUUAUUGUGCCCAAAUCGUUUAAUAAGCUAGAUUUAAAGGAUUACUUAUUUCAUCUUUACGGAUUACGCGCAUUGAAUGUCACUACUCAGUUGUUACACGCUAAAUAUCACAGACUGACCCCCAAUAGUGGUAGAUUUAGGGGCCCACAGAUCAAGAAGAUGACGAUCGACAUGGAGCAACCAUUCAUCUGGCCGGAAGAACCGAAAGAAGGCGAACUAGAUACAUGGAAUGGUAAAUUUGUAGAGGAACUUGAGAAAUUCAGGGAAGAAACUCAGAUUAGUGUAGGCUCCGAUGUGAAUAAGCCUAUGAAGGCAUUUGACGGUGUCCUGGGGAAGUAUGGUCUCGGGGCACAACCGUUCAUCCCCAGAUUUUUAAAGAAUGAAUUAGAAAACAAGAGAGAUAAGUCGCAAAGAACUAUUGCACACCUUGAACAAUUACGGAAUAUCAACAAGUUCAUAUGUCGUACGAUCAAGUAG